AAACUUUCACGAGUGUCACACAAACAAACACUGAUACUAAAACACCAACACUCACUCUUACUCAGUUACUCGUCCCUUUCAUUUGAAAAGAAAAGAAAAACGAAUUGAAAUUCCUGUGUUCUGGUCGUUUCACUCAAAUCACGAAUGCAAUGAACUCAAAAAACCAAACACCGAUUAGGGUUUUCGGGCAGCGAACCAUUGCUUCAACGUUCCGCAAUCUUCCACCACGCAAUCCUCCUUCUGAAGGAAACGAGAGAAAUCAAGCUUCACGCAAGAGCGAAACCGCGCAUCACUCGCUUUCGCACUUCCUCACCCUCAAGCCGCAAAAAUCUCCUCAAACAGUUCCGGGGAAAUCGACGCCUUUUCUGUCACCACUGGGUUUAAAAGGUGAGGAGGGUGGAGCUGUGAAAGAAGUUGAAAAAGAGAAAAACGGUGGCAGUGAUGAUAAGGUGAUUUUUAAAAGCUUUAAGCACACUGAAGAGGACAAAAGAGACUUUGUUGAUCAAAUUGAGGUUGGUGAAUUGGAAAAUUCAGUUGCGGAGGAUAUUCAGGAGUCAAAUAAAAGGAAAACUCCUUUCGAAGGUGCAAAUGAGAGCCAAACUGCACGAAACAAUGUGGUAGUUCUUGGAGGAGCAUCAAAGUUGAAGCCAAAAAAAGGACAAAUUGGAAAUGACACUAGCAACAAAAGGCCAAGACCUCAUUAUAAUCACUCAGAUGCAAAUGGCCGUGGCUGGUGGGAUUACGACAUGGAAGGUGUUGAUAAUGAGGAAUUGGGCUUCAGUGAUGAAGUAUGGGAGGGGGUGGGAUCCACCACACUUGGUGGAAUAGUAGAUUGGCAUUGAUUUAGACAUUUUGUGGUAGUGAGGAAUUUUGUACUGUCUCCCUUGGCUUAUCAUUGACAUCAAUGCAAUGCAUUCCUAAACUCAUUACUCCAUGUAGACAAGAAAGUCACUUAGUGUAUAGAUAUUUGAAUUGCAUUUCAGUUUAAUUAGUUUACUUCAAA